ACAACGCCGGAUAAGCGAGGAAUUGAGCAAAUCCCUCGACUGUCUGUCACCCCGCCACGCCACUCCACACUCCACUCUCUACUACUGUACAGUACCAGUAGUAGCUUGCCACCGCCCCUCCCUACCGUUGUCCGUUGCCCCGGCCCACGUGUCGCCGCCAUCCACCUGCCCCCACUCUCGUUCACUUCCCAGGCCACUCCACCUCCAAUGCCCCGAUCCGAUCCCCUUCUCGACUACUACUAGUGCUUCCAAGUAAUGUCUCCCUCCUCCUCCUCCUUCUUCUCCCCAUCCCAAUGCCACCGCCCGCCGCCAUGUCCACGACCACCAUCUUCCCGAUCCUCCUCCUCCUCUCCCUCACCAACAACGGGGCAACCGCGGUGCGCUUCGACUACGCGACGCUGACGCUCUCCACGCUGCGUCUCCUGGGCGACGCGCACCUCAACAACAACACGAUCCGCCUCACCAAGGACCUCCCCGUCCCCACCUCCGCCGCCGGCCGCGCGCUCUACGCCUCCCCUGUGCCCCUCCUGGCCGGCUUCUCCACCAGCUUCGCCUUCACCGUCACCACCCUCAACCGCGGCUCCGUCGGCGGGGGCCUCGCCUUCGUCCUCGCCCCCGACGCGCUCUCCGUCGGCGAAGCCGGCGCGUACCUCGGCCUCUCCCCCACCGCCGACCUCGCGGCCGUCGAGUUCGACACGCUCAUGGACGCCCAGUUCGGGGACGUCAACGGGAACCAUGUCGGGGUCGAUCUCGCCGGGGACUCCUUGAUGGUGUCCUCCGCCGCCGCCGCGGAUCUUGGGGACGUCGGGGUGGAACUCACCAGCGGGAGGACCGUGUAUGCUUGGGUUGAGUACGGGAAGAAGGUUAUGGAGGUUUUCGUGUCCUAUGGCUCCAAGCGGCCCGCGGCGCCGGUGCUGUCGGCGCCGGUCGAUUUGGGGUUGUAUGUCAAGGACCAGGCUUUUGUUGGGUUCUCGGCGUCCACGCAGGGGAGCACCGAGAUCCACGCCAUUGAGUGGUGGAGCUUCUCCACUCCUCCCUCCUCGUCGUCUUCCCCGGCCCCUGCCACGGCGCCGGCCAAUUCCACGCAGCGCCCGCCGGUCGCUGCAGCUGCUCCUCCUCCAGCGCCUGUGGGGACUGGCGGCGUCAACCCCUCUUCUCCGCUGCUGCCCGGCGUCUCGCCCCCGCCAGCGGCGCCAGGGAAUGUCUCUUCCUCCCCGCCGCCCGACGGUUCGGUUAUUGCGGCGAGCGCGCCGGCCAAUUCGACUGAUGGGGUGAAGAGGAACGCCGCCGCCUCCGCCUCGGCAUCGCCGCGCGCCGCGGUGGCCGGCGGCGCGACGGCGGGGGCGUUCGUGGCGGUCUCGUUCGCGGGGCUCGCGCUGUGGGCGCUCGCCCGCCGCCGCGCGAGGGCCAGGAGGAGGAGGCCCGCCUUGUCGUCGUCGGCCAUGGCGACGACGAAGCGCGGCCACGACACCAACAGCAGCCUGGCGUCGGCGGCGGCCAUGGCGCGCUCGCCGCGGGAGUUCACCUACAAGGAGCUCAGCGCCGCCACGCGCGGCUUCGACGCGUCCCGGGUCAUCGGCCACGGCGCGUUCGGCGUCGUCUACAAGGGCAUCGUCCCGGACACUGGCGCCAUGGUGGCCGUCAAGCGCUGCACGGCCACGGCCACCACGGCCUCCGCCAACAACGCCGAGGCGCGGUCCGAGUUCCUCUCGGAGCUCUCCAUCAUCGCGGGGCUCCGGCACCGCAACCUGCUCCGGCUCCAGGGCUGGUGCCACCACGACGAAAGGGGCGAGAUCCUCCUCGUCUACGACUACAUGCGCAACGGCAGCCUUGACAGGGCGCUCUUCGACGAUGCCUCGCCCGUGCUCCCAUGGCGCCACCGCCGCGAAAUCCUCUCCGGGGUCGCCUCGGCGCUAGCCUACCUCCACCACGAGUGCGACCGCCGCGUCAUCCACCGGGACGUCAAGUCCAGCAACGUGAUGCUGGACGAGCAUUACCGUGCCAGGCUCGGCGAUUUCGGCCUCGCAAGGCAAGCCGAGCACGGCGCGUCCCCGGACGCCACGGCGGCGGCCGGCACCAUGGGUUACCUGGCACCGGAGUACCUCUUGACCGGCCGUGCCAAUGAAGGGACGGACGUGUUCAGCUUCGGGGCGCUGGUGCUGGAGACGGCGUGCGGGCGGCGGCCGAUCGGGACGACGGAAGGGCGGUGCAACAACCUGGUGGAGUGGGUGUGGAGCUUGCACGGGGAAGGGCGCGUGCUGGACGCCGUGGACGCGAGGCUGGGAGGGGAGUAUGAGGAAGGGGAGAUGAGGAGGGCGAUGCUGGUGGGGCUGGCGUGCUCCAGCCCGGACCCGGCGCUGCGGCCAGGGAUGCGCGCCGUGGUGCAGGUGCUCGCCGGCGAGGCCGACCCGCCCUUCGUGCCCGCCGCCAGGCCGUCCAUGAGCUUCAGCGGCGCCAACCGCCAGCUGCUCAUCAGCCUCCAGGACAGCGUGUCCGACUACGACGCCCUGGGGGGGCUCAACCUCUCCGACGACGACGACACCGACUCCGACUCGCUCAGCUCCUCGUCGCUCACCAGCACGCUGCGCAAAGGCGGCCACGACAUCGGCUUCAGCAGCACCGCCGGAGAUGCCCGGUGAUCAUCCAAUCCUCUUUGAUCUUGGUCUUGAAUGCCCAACAAAAGAUUCAUUCAUGUAUGUAUUUAUGAGUACAUAGAUUUUAGCAUUGGGGCUGUGAAGAUGUCCCCGAUAAUAACUUAAAUUCUCUUGCGAUCGAUCGGUAAUAAUUUCAGAUUUCAGAUGGAUUCUCAAGUUCUUUUC